CAUUCAUUACCUAUUUAUGAGAGAUCAAAAUAUUAUUUUUCAUUUUUCAUAUUAGCUAACGUUUUGUCGCUAUCCUCUCAAAUUAAUAAACAUAGCAAUUUGAUUUUCGUCUGAUUCUUCGUUCAAAUCUGCAACUGUGAAUAAUGAAAUGAUAGUAACACACACAACUAAUUUCUAGCUGUAUAUUCUACAAGAAUUUAUUGAUAUUUGUGUAGUUAUAAACAUAACUUUCCAAUCGUUGGAAUUUUAACUAUUUGUCUGAUCAGCUAACCUUAUCAGUACUACUAAACACCAAGGUGUGUUAACAAUAAGUUUAUAUUCGAAUUUAUCAAUUGUAUUAUGAUUUUCUUAAUUCCUUAUGUUCAUUUUCAUCUGCUGAUUUGCUGGGGGCUUAUUAUGACAGACAUGCAAUCAAUAAGUUAAAAAGUAUUUAGUAAAGAUACCAAGAAGCCACCAUAGAGGUUCAUUAUCAAAAGAUCGAGUUGAUAAAAAAGGUAAGGCCUUGUCAUUCUUUAGAGUAUUUUAAUAAAACUAGAAAUAAGACCAUCCAUGAGAUUUAUUAUUUAUUAUUUAUUUACAAAUGGUGCUUCAUGUUAGAGAAUCUCAUCACUACUUUUAUAGUUCACUGCACAAUAUUUUCGUCAGAAUCACACAUCACCAAUGUCAACCAUACUAUCGAUUCCUUAAAAUUGCAUUUUGUGUAUUGUGCUAAAUGUUUAAAAAAGAUAUGAAUGAAGUUUUUGUGUAAAUUUGAUCAUUUACAAAAAUUGGACUUUACACCAUAGCAGUAAUUCCACCAUUAUUCAUUUAAAUUGUGAAAUUACGUCAUUUAAUAUUGACACAAAUAUAUUGGGACCAUAGAAUACUUUACUUAUCUCAUGAUUUGCUAUAUUUAUUGAGUUUAGUAGAUAUAAUUCAUACCUGCGAAUAAGUGAAUUCAAACAUACCUACUUUUUCAAAAAUGAUACAGCUAAAUUGGCGUGCCCUUUUAUUUAUUAUUUUACCAAACAUUGGCGGUAUCGCCGGCGCUUUUAUUACAAUAAGUAGUAUUGAAUCAUGGUAUGAGAAUUUAAUAAAACCAAACUGGAGACCUCCAAACUGGGCGUUUGGUCCUAUUUGGACAAUCUUGUAUAGUGGAAUGGGAUACGCUUCAUAUUUGGUAUACAGAGAUGGAGGAGGCUUUAAUGGAGCAGCAAAGAUCCCACUAAUAGUUUAUGGAACUAAUCUAGCAGCUAAUUGGGCUUGGACACCAAUAUUCUUUGGUAAAAAAGACCUACAACUGGCACUUAUUGAACUGCAGCUUGUAAACGUUACUGCUAUUGGUAUGGUAUAUCUUUUCUAUAAAAUUAAACCAACUGCUGGUUACUUAAUUGUACCAUAUUGUCUUUGGCUGGGUAUUGCAACAGCUUUGAAUUAUUGCAUUUGGAGGGAUAACUGAUCUGAAAGGAAACCAAAUGUUCAAUAAUUUUUGAUUUUAAUUGUUUUUUAGACAUCCUUAAUCCAUUUUACUUUAUAUUCAUUAAUAUACAAUUAUUUUAAUAAAAAGUUUAGUAUAUUC